AAUGGCCUUUCUACUUUUGCUAGCUAGCUAGCUAGCUGGCUACUGUAGCUAACUAGCUUCUUUAAUGCAAUUAAGACAGGUACUACCAGAUGGUAUGAUAGAUAUGUAAGGCAGGUUUGUCUAACUAGCGCAAGUCGGUUUGGCUACUUUCUCGCACUCCCUCUGUGCCACAUAUUUACUGUCACACACACCGGCCCCCGCUCCUCUCUCGCCCCUCUACACCCUUCUAACGAAACAAGCAGAGCACAGCGCACCCGUGAGCAUGUCUCCAUUGAAGUAAAAAAAAAAAAAACAUGUAGUUCGACUGUCCGGAUAUUAUUUGAAUAGUUAAAUCAUUACAAGUGCUCAGCAUACGUGGGAACUCCUUCAAGACUGUUGGAAAAGCAUUCCAGGUGAAGCUGGUUGAGAGAAUGCCAAGUGUGUGCAAAGCUGUCAAGGCAAAGGGUGGCUAUUUUGAUUUGUUUCACACUUUUUGGUCACUACAUGAUUCCAUAUGUGUUAUUUCAUAGUUGAUGGCUUCACUAUUAUUCUACAAUGUAGAACAUUUUUACAAUAAAUUAAGAAAAACCCUGGAAUGAGUAGGUAUGUCCAAGCUUUUAACUGGUACUGUACUUGUGUACCUGUUUAGAGAGACAGCAAAUCUAUGCUAUAAUAAGGACAGUUUAAUAUUUAUCUUACAGGCUCUAGUUUAGUCACACCUAUAAUAAUAAUAUAAUAAUAUAUGCCAUUUAGCAGACGCUUUUAUCCAAAGCGACUUACAGUCAUGUGUGCAUACUACUGUUCAGUCGUGUGGUCAGGUGCCACAAAGAGAGACUUAGGAAAAUUGCAAUUGGCUCAGAACAGAGCAGCACGGAUGGCCAUUGGAUGUACACAGAGAGCAAACAUUAAUACUAUGCAUGUCAAUCUAUCCUGGCUCAAAGUGGAGGAGAUAUUGAUUUCAUCCCUGCUUGUAUUUGUGAGAGGUAUUGAUUGACAUGUGGAAAGUACCAAGCUCUCUGUUAAACAACAAGUACACAGCUCAGACACCCAUGCAUACAUACCCCACAAGACAUGCCAGAGGUCUCUUCACAGUCCAGAACAGACUAUGGGAGGCGCACAGUAUUACACAGAGCCAUGACUACAUGGAACUCUAUUCCACAUCAGGUAACUGAUACAAGCAGUAGAAACAGAUAAUAAAAUAAAUCCACCUUAUGGAACAAUGGGGACUGUGAACCAACAUAAAUAUAGGCACAAACAUAUGCAUACACACACAUGAUAACAUAUGCACUGCACUGUACACGUAGAUUUCGUGUUGUAGAUAUGUAGUAGGGGCCUGAGGGCACACACUUAGUGUGUUGUGAAAUCUGUUAUGAAUGUAUUGUAAUGUUUUUUAAAUUGUAUAACUGCCUUAAUUUUGCCAGACCCCAGGAAGAGUGGCUGCUGCCAAAGGGGAUUCAUAAUAAAUCAAAUACUGAGGUGAUGUAAAUGGAAUUAAGUCAUUAUUUUCUACUCUAUUAUUUCUAAAGAAGUCAACUCUCAGCGUGAAAGAUACAGAUCAUAGGAGAUUUUGUGAUAAGCAGUACCGUACUUAAAAGAAUAGAGCGCAUACUUUUUCAUUGAACCACACCCUUUGGACUAUGACGCCAACCAAUAAGAUCAUUUCUCUUCAGUGUAAACGGAAGUGAACAGUGACUAAGAACAGUUUCUACUUUAGCGUCUUUAUUGUUGUAAUGUAGACAAUUAUUAAUACCCUGGAACUCAAAAUAUGACUAAUUUACCUGCACCGCAUCACAUACUUACCCUAGGUAGUGUUUAAUUCGCGUUGGAGACAGAACUUGGUUGAUAGAUGUUAUCUGGUUAACAUUAGCCAACAAUGGCUAACUGCAACGUUAUGGUUUUUCACACUCAAAUAGCCUCCGUUAUGGAGGUGCUAGCGAAUGCAGCCGUUGCAGAAAUCUGUAAACUCGUAGACGACGACUAUGCAGUGUUUCGUUUGGAAAUAACUCAAAGCCAGAAAGAAACCAGGACAUUGCGGAGGAAACUACAGCAACUGGAACUGAAGGUGGCACGGGAGCGCGCAGAGAGGACAACGCGGGAGCGCGUCCCCGCCAGUCCGAAUAGUGUCAAGUUCCUCGACAGAUACAGAGGAAUGGCAAGAGGUGAAGGACAUCUCACUGGAGGCCACAUGAGCUUUGUGAAGCCAGUGGGACACAACACGUGGAGAGAUGACCAACCCAUAGCUGUUGAUGAGGGGAGUGGAACCUCAACCCAGCAUGUUAUCUUGAUAGAGUCUGCAGAUGCAGAGGCUGCUGGUUCUGGAGGAUCGUCACAGGUUAAACAGGAGAGGACUGAAGGAGAGGACCCACGAGACAUCCAGACUAGAGCAGCGGCUGGAGUGGCGCCCCCUGUAGCCACGGAGGACCUCACCGCCUCGCCCCAGCCAAGGACCCGACACAGCAUCACGGAGGAGGAGGAGGGUCCAGAGGUGGUGAUGUUGAAGGAGGAGGGUCUGGGGAACCCUGAGGGGACCAUGGUCAUGGAGGACAACCAGACUACACCACCUCCUGAACCCACAGAGGAACCAGCUGAGCAGAACAGGACCACACACAGCCUCACUGAGUCAGUAGACAUGGAGGAUGGGAAGCCUGAUCUGCUGCUGGUCAAAGAGGAGAUAAUAGAAGAUGGACCAGAGAGCAUUGAUCUGCUGAGUGGACUAAAGAUGGGGGAGCAAGGUGGUUGGCUGGAGGCUAACAGAGGAGACUGGGUGGCCAUCUUGGAUUCCCAAACUCAGACGGGUGCAGCCAAGGGCCCAGGGGACAACAUCACUGAGCAGGCCAGGACCAGAGGCAACAUAGUGGAAGACAGUGGAUGGGACAGCAUCCUCAACUCUGGGCUGGUGAACAACACUGUUAACCACAACCAGAAACAGACAGUGGAACACAAAACAACAUACGAACUUAGUCUCCAUGACAACAUACUGGCUGAGACCAGGGGGAGGUGUAGAUUUGGUCCACGGGGACAGAGAGGUGUCCGUAUGCAGCUGGAGAGAACAGACACAGACUCAGCUAGCGAUGCGCCGUCCUGCUCCUAUAGUUGUGAUUCAGAGAGACUGAUGGCGCCUCAGGUUAACACCCUAACAGGUGCUGCCUUCAGCCUGCCUUCUAUAGGAUCUAUCAACUGGAACAUGGACCCUGUGACAACACAGACACUCCCUGGCCUUCAUCCUCCUCACACUCUCCUAAUGUUAAACCAGACCUCAGGCAAUAGUGCCUCAACACUAAAUGGGUACACAAGCCCAUUGACAAAUGACAGUAGUAGUAUUAAUGCUGUCAGUCGAUCUGGUGGCAAAGAGAAGCGCUUCCCAUGUCCUUUCUGUGGGAAAGCCUUCAGUUUCCCUAAACAGGUGCAGAUCCACCAGAGGGUCCACACAGGGGUAAAACCCUUCAGCUGUACCCAGUGUCACAUGUGCUUCGCUCAGACUGGUGACCUGAAGAGGCACCAGAGGGUCCACACCGGGGAGAAACCAUAUAGCUGCCCCCAGUGUGAGAAGAGGUUCUCCCGCAAGCACCAGCUGAAUAGGCACCUGAAGGUUCAUACAGGAGAGAGGCCAUUCGCCUGUACGCAAUGCAGGAAGAGGUUCUCAGAGAGGAGCAACCUCAGGAUACACCAGCAGAAAGACCAUUCCACUCUAUGACAUAGAAAGGAACUGUAUCACUCAAUACCUUCUGAGGUUUAGAUUAAACCCAGCAUUAAAGAUAAAUAAUAAUUUUCAUUGUUGUCAGCAGAAAAGAUCCACAGAUGCAUUUGGAAUGAUAGAUUUCAGUGUUGAAUAUUCCUCGGUAGAAUAUUGCAUCCAGACAUUGUGAUAUACACUGAGGAUGCCUUCCAAAUAUUUAUUUGUACCCCCCAUUUUGCCCUCAGAACAGCCUCAAUACGUAGGGGCAUGGACUCUAAAAGUGUCGAAAGCAUUCCACCGGGAUGCUGGUUCAUAUUGACUCCAAUGCUUCCCAGUCGUGUCAAAUUGUCUAUGUUCUUUGGCUGGUGGACCAUUCUUGAUACAUAUGGGAAACUGUUGAGUGUGAAAAACCCAGUAGCAUUGCGGUUCUUGACACAAACUGUUGCGCCCGACACCUAAUACGAUACCCCGUUCAAAAGCACUUCACCCUCUGAAUGGCACACAUACACAAUCCAUGACUCAACUGUCUCAAGGUUAAAAAUCCUCCUUUAACCAGUCUCCUCCCCUUCAUCUACGCUGAUUGAUGUGACGACAAUAAGAGAUCAUAUUUCUUUCACGUACUCUGUCAUGGAAAGAACAAGUGUUCAUAAUGUUUUGUACACAGUCAUUUAUACACUGAACAAAAAUAUAAAACGCAACAUGCAACAAUUUAAAAGAUUUUACUGAGUUAUAGAAAUCAGUCAAUUGAAAUAAAUGAAUUAGGCCCUAAUCUAUGGAUUCACAUGACUGGGUUAGGGGUGCAGCCAUGGGUGGACCUUGAGGGCAUAGGCCCAGCCAGUCAGAAUGAGUUUAUCCACACAAAGGGGCUUUAUUACAUACAGAAAAUACUCCUCAGCACCCCCCCCAGACUAUCCUGCAGGCGAAGAAGCCGGAUGCCCAGGUCCUGGGCUGGCAUGGCUACACGUGGUCUGCGGUUGUGAGGCCGGUUGGACGUACUGCCAAAUCCUCUAAAACGAAACAAACAUUCAAUUGCCUGGCAACAGCUCUGGUGGAUAUUGCUGCAAUGCCAAUUGCAUGCUCCCUCAACUUGCACAUCUGUGCAAGUGUUGUGUGACAAAACUGCACAUUUUAAAGUGUCCUUUUAUUGGCCCCCAGCACAAGGUGCACCUGUGUAAUGACCAUACUGUUUAAUCAGUUUCUUGAUAUGCCACACUUGUCAGGUGGUUUGAUUAUCUUGGCGAAGGAGAAAUGCUCACUAACAGGGAUGUAAACUAAUGUAUGCAUAGAAUGAGAGAAAUAAGCUUUUUGUGUGUAUGGAAAAUCUCUGGAAUCUUUUAUUUCAACUCAUGAGAGAUGGGACCAACACUUUACAUGUUGCAUUUAUUUUUAUUCAGUGUACAUAAACUCAGCAAAAAAAAAAACUUUAUUUUUCAGAACCCUGUCUUCCAAAGAUAUUUUGAUUUUUACGAAUUAACUUCACAGAUCUUCAUUGUGAAGGGUUUAAACACUGUUUCCCAUGCUUGUUCAAUGAACCAUUAAUGAAUGAAUAUGCACAUGUUGAACGGUCGUUAAGACACUAACAGCUUGCUGACGGUAGGCAAUUAAGGUCAGUUAUGAAAACUGAGGACACUAAAAGAGGCCUUUCUACUGACACUGAAAAACAAAAGAAAGAUGCCCAGGAUCCCUGCUCAUCUGCAUGAACGUGCCUAAGCCAUGCUGCAAGGAGGCAUGAGGACUGCAGAUGUGGCCAGGGCAAUAAAUUGCAUUGUCCGUACUGCGAGACAACCAAGACAGCGCUACAGGGAGACAGGACAGACAGUUGAUCGUCCUCGCAAUGGCAGACCACGUGUAACAACACCUGCACAGGAUCGGUACAUCCAAACAUCACACUUGCUGGACAGGUACAUUAUGGCAACAACAGCUGCCCGAGUUACACCAGGAAUGCACAAAUCCCUCCAUCAGUGCUCAGACUGUCCGCAAUAGGCUGAGAGAGGCUCGGCAGAGAGCUUGUAGGCCUGUUGAAAGGCAGGUCCUCACCAGACAUCACCGGCAACAACGUUGUCUAUGGGCACAAACCCACCGUCGCUGGACCAGACAGGACUGGCAAAAAGUGCUCUUCACUGACGAGUCACGGUUUUGUCUCACCAGGGGUGAUGGUCGGAUUUGCGUUUAUCAUCAAAGGAAUGAGCGUUACUUCGGCCUGUACUCUGGAGCGGGAUCGAGUUGGAGGGUCUGUCAUGGUCUGGGGUGGUAUGUCACAGCAUCAUCGGACUAAGCUUGUUGUCAUUGCAGGCAAUCUCAACGCUGUGCGUGACAAUGAAGACGACAUCCUCAUGUGGUACCCUUCUGGCAGGCUCCUCCUGACAUGACCCUCCAGCAUGACAAUGCCACCAGCCAUACUGCUCGUUCUGUGCGUGAUUUCCUGCAAGACAGGAAUGUCAGUGUUCUGCCAUGGCCAGUGAAGAGACCAGAUCUCAAUCCCACUGAGCACAUCUGAGAUCUUUUGGAUCGGAGGGUGUGGCCUAGGGCCAUUCCCCCCAGAAAUGUCCGGGAACUUGCAGGUGCCUUGGAAGAGUGGGGUAACAUCUCACAGCAAGAACUGACCGAUCUGGUGCAGUCCACGAGGAUGAAAUGCACUGCAGUACUUAAUAAUGCAGCUGGUGGCCACACCAGAUACUGACUUACUUUUGAUAAUGCCCCCCUCCCUUUGUUCAGGGACACAUUAUUCAAUUUCUGUUAGUCACAUGUCUGUGGAUCUUAUUCAGUUUAUGCGCCUCUUGUUGAACCUUAUGUUCAUACAAAUAUUUACACAUGUUAAGUUGGCUAAAAAUAAACGCAGUUGACAGUGAGAGGACAUUUCUUUCUUUGCUGAGUUUGUUCACAAAUGCCUGUUACAUUACUUCCAUUCAACUACUUCAUUUUAUCCCCAAGACACUUUUAAUGAGAAAAUGAAUUACGUUUAUCAAGUUCAUGCAGAUGUUUAGUUGAGAUGUGUAUUUGUGGUUUUCAUAUGGUGUAUUUGACACUGUGUUUAAUAAACACAAAAUGCUGUUUGAAGUAAAUGGCCUAUAAAGUAGCUUGAUGUGAUGGCUGAGGUGAAAUAUUAAGCAUUAACUAAAGUGCACCUGUAUUUGAUAUUGCAGACUGACUGGUCUCUUCAAACUGGGCCAGAGUAUACGACAUGUUUACUUCUGUUUAGGAGGGUAGUUAACCAAGGGUUAAUGAGGGGUAUGUGGCUAACUUGUCAUUUGAAACAGGCUUGUAAAUACCUGUGUUUAGAGAGACAGUAAACCUAGGAUAAAGCACAAUUGCAUAUUUACCUUAGAGGGGAUUUAGAUGGAAUAAAGUAAUAUUCUACUCUGUUCUUGCUAACACACGGUUCUUCCUAAACAAGUCUGCUCCUCUGAGCUUGAAAGAUACUGAUCACGAAUAUGUGAUUUGAUAUUCAACGUAAUAAACAUAACUAAAAAAAAACAA